AUGAAAUCCCUCUACCGAGCUCUUCCUCGCGCACCACCCACGGCGUUUGCCGCCUUUCUUCCAGGUACUCGCCCAGAGAUCACCCGGCUAUAUGCCACACACAGCGAUCUAGGCCGAGGCCCGUGGCCGACCCCAAGAAAGAAGAAUAUCACGGUGCUAUCAGACGAUGGACAACUUCAGUGGGGUGAACUGAGUGGGAGAGAGAAAGUGUCGCGCGCAACACAGCAAUCGUUUAACUUCGUGAUCGUGCUGGCUGGGGCCGUGCUGACGGGCGGAGUCUUCACACUUCUCUAUCUCGAGGUCUUCUCGCCCAACAGCCGGACAUGGCAGUUUGAAAAGGCCGUAGAACGCAUCAAAGACGAUCCUCGAUGUACAAAGCUCCUCGGUGACCGACGGGAGAUCAAAGCAUACGGUGAAAAUACAUGGAGUCGUUGGGCACGGAGUAGGCCUAUUGCAACGACUGUUGAGAAAGAUCGAUUGGGUCGCGAGCAUCUGCGGAUGAACUUUCACGUCGAGGGGCCUUUGAAUUCCGGUGUGGUCAUCGUUCAUAUGAUGAAGCCCUUGGACAAGAGCGACCUGGAAUACCAGCUUCUUGCGCUGGAUGUCAAAGGACACUCUCGAAUUAUUCUCGAAAAGGCAUCCGACAAGCCCAGCGUGGCAAGCUCCCUGAAGCUCUUUGGAAUUCAAUGGCGUUGA